UGGACUUUUGACUGGGUGUCUCUCUUUACACUUCUGUUCUCUUGGUUUCUGGACUCGCAAUGUUAUAUAAAGGAUUCGCAUAAGUUAAGAAAGUGUCUGACCAUGGACCCCCGCCAAAGUGCCCAGGAUGUGUUACGGUGUCAUCUCUGUGAGACCCCGGUUCCACCUUUGUACUGCAAGAUAUGUAACAUACAUCUUUGUUUAGUUUGUGUUGGAGAACAUCUUUUAGAUGACACCACAGAACACAAGGUGGUUCCAUUUAAAACGCGAGGAAUGAUUACUAAAUGUAAAAAACACUCAUCAAAAAUAUGUGAACUGUACUGUGAACACUGCGACAUUCCUAUUUGUUCACUUUGUAUUGCCUCCAAGGAACACCAAACCCAUAAUGUAGAUGACAUAAUGAAUGGUCUAGAAAACAAGAGGACUGUUUUGCAGCAAGAUUUACAAGAAUUAGAGAAAUCCCUUUUUCCAAAAUAUCAAGAGAUUGCCUCUAAUGUAUCAAACCAGAAAGCGGAUUUGAUCAAACACUCAGAGAAAAUGACAACAGCUAUUGACAAACAUGGAGACAACUUGCACAAAGAAAUAGAUAACAUUAUCAAAAAGCUAAAAUCUGGUCUUGAUGAAACGAACUCCAAAUAUCUGGCUUUAUUAAGGAAACAGGAAGAUCAAAUCGCACAAACGAUUUCUGAAAUCACACAGAGCAUUGCUGAUCUAAAGAAAUAACGGGACUCCAGUGAUGUUAGCCUUGUAUCGUCCUACAAAUCCAGAAAUGCUGAACUCAGAAGACUGCCUCCUAAACUCAAAUUUUCCUUACCAAGUUUUACCCCUCGUGAGAUAAAAAAAGAACAGCUUUAUAAACAAUUUGGUUCAUUUUCAAAUUUUUCUAUGAACACAAAAGAAACUGACUACAAAAUUGAUUCGUUGGGGGCUAAGUGCUCUCUCCUAGACAGAACUUUCAAUGAUGUACCAAGGAUCGUCACAGAGAUAAUAACUGAGUAUGAAUAUUUAUUUAGUGUGUCUUUUUUGCAAAAUGACCAAAUAUGGGUGUAUGGUAAGGACAACAAAAUUAGGCUCUACAAUAUCCAAGGAGAAUUGAUGAAGUCAUUUCAAAUCGAGAGCUGGCCAAAGGGCAUAGCAGUGACAAGUAAUGGGGGAAUAGUUUACACUGAUGACACAUUGAACAUAACGAAUAAGAGAUAUCAAUUAGAGGGAGCACUUAGUCUAGUGGAUUGGAUACAUUGUAAUGUCUGUAAUACCUUCUCUGGCGACCUCCUGGUUGUCAUGGUCAGUAAUGAUAUCUUUCAACAAUCAAAAGUUGUGCGUUAUGAUUAUGGUUUAUCAGAGACCCAAUGUAUUCAAUACGAUGACGAAGGGGAUUAUCUCUAUUCAUCAGGAGGUUGCCCUAAACACAUCAGUGAGAACAGGAACCUAGAUAUCUGUGUAUCUGACUAUGGAGCCCAUGCGGAAGUUGUGGUCAAUCAGGCAGGGGAACUCCGAUUUACUUACACUGGUCCUCCCUCAAUAACCAAAGUACCAUUCUAUCCAUUCGGUAUCACUACAGACAGCCAGAGUCGGAUUCUGACAUCAGACUAUGGCAACCAUCGCAUCCAUAUCAUUGAUCAGUAUGGGCAGUUUCUCCACUACAUUGACAACUGUGACUUAAAAAAUCCAGGAGGUUUAUGUGUAGACAACAGGGACAAUCUUUUUGUGGUUGAAUGUACUAGAUCUAAAGUGAAGAAAAUCCAAUAUUACACGUAAAAAAACCACGUUGUAUAUUGAUAUGUAAAUAUGUUCACAAAUGUAUAUAAAUUACAUGUAUAUCAUAUAUUAUUCUUGUAUGCAAUUAUUAAUGUACUUAUAUCACUUGUAAACAACAAAAACCCGAGGAUAUAAUCAUUCAUUUUUAUCCACAUAAAGUAUCAAAAAUGCA